AUGAGAGAUCCCACUAUCAAAAAUAUUGUGUUUCGAGAAGAAGCGAUUUUGGAAGAACUGAAAAGCUUGAAAGAAUGUAAAUCUCCCGGUCCGGACGAGAUUCCAGCAAAGCUGCUCUUUGAGCUUGCCCAACAGCUGGCCAAGCCACUAUCCUUUCUGUACCAAAAAUCGUUUGAUGCUGGAAUUGUUCCCACAGACUGGAAGACGGCCCACAUUACACCCCUUUACAAAAGCGGUAGUCGUGCCCUGGCGACAAACUACAGACCCGUCAGUCUGACAUCAAUCUGCUGCAAAGUGAUGGAGAAAACCAAGAAAAAGGAGUUGAUGGCUUACUUGGAAACCCACAACCUCUUGUCCAAUACACAGUAUGGUUUCCGUAGGUGAAGAUCAUGUGUUACGAACUUGCUAUACACAAUGCAAAGUUGGACACGAUCACUGGACGCAAAACGCACCGUGCAUGUUGCCUAUAUUGAUUUUCGGAAGGCGUUUGAAAGUUAUCCGCACCAGCGUCUCCUACACAAGUUGAGAAUUAUGGGCAUCGGUGACAAACUUCUCAAAUGGAUCGAAAAUUUAAUUGUCGGCCGCUCCCCAAUUGUCUGCGUAGAACAACAGCAAUCAAGGUGCACAUUCAUAGAGAGUGGGGUACCACAAGGCUCGGUGCUCGGACCAACCCUCUUUCUCGUGUUCAUCAAUGAUUGUGUAGAUGGGUUAGACUGUGAUUGUGCCAUGUUUGCGGAUGACAUAAAAAUCUGGAAAGUAAUCCAGAAUGCUGCCGAUGAGACCAACUUCCAAGAAAAUCUUUGUCGGUUGGACGAGUGGUCCCGCAGAUGGCUCUUGUCCUUCAAUUUGAACAAAUGCACCAUUCUGCUCCUCGGAAAUCAGAACCCUAGUACGCGGCAAUACCAUCUGAACGGAAUGCCACUUCGAGAUGCAGAAACUCAGAAAGAUCUCGGAGUUUGGGUUGCAGACAGCCUAAAGCCUUCUACACAAUGCUGUAAGGCGGCCAAGGCCGCAACGUCAAUGCUUUAUGCCAUCAAGCGGGCAUUCGUCGUUUUCGAUGAAGACUGCUUGUCCAAAGUCUUCGGCACGUCUGUAAGGCCCCAUCUCGAAUAUGCAAUUCAGGCCUGGAGACCGUGGACGCAUCAGGAUUACGAUCUGCUCGAAAGGGUGCAGACACGAGCAACAAAAUUAAUAAGAGGUCAAAGUGCACUGCCAUACGAGAUCCGCCUAACUAACCUUAAUCUCUAUCCUCUGAGUUAUAGGCAGUUGCGCGGAGACAUGAUACAAACUUUCCGUAUCGUGCGCGGCUUGGAUUGUGCCCUUCGGCGCGAUGACUUUUUCCAACUCGCCACUACAACUCACCUCCGGGUACAUCCCUUCAAGCUACGUGUGCCACAGGCUAGACUGAAUGUGAGAAAAUAUUUCUUCUCCAACCGUGUCGUGGAACCGUGGAAUAACCUGCCCGAGACGGUUGUUAUGUCUCAAUCUGUGAAGACAUUUAAAUGUCGCCUUGACAGAUAUAUGCUGCAGCAGCAAGCGGACUAUGUGACUUUUUAACCAUGUGACAAUUGGCAUAUGUGAAUCAAUGUAUGCAUUCACUUAAUGCUGUAAUUUCUUCACAUUUUUGAUUGUUUAUCGAUUUUUUAUGUACAAAUAGGGAGUUUAAAGGCGUAGUCCUGUUUCCCUCAAAUACACUGACUGACUGAAUAGUAUGACAAAUUUAGGGUGAGUCUCGGGAAGUGGGAUCAGUCUCCCAACGCUCAUGUUCAUUUGCAGCAUUAAUAUGCUAGCGUUCUUUUUAAAGCUUUGUAUUGAUGGUGUAAUCGCGACACUUGCAGGGAGGACAUUUCAUGGUUUGGCCACUCGGACAGAGAUACAGAAAUUCCGCACAUCCAGCCCUGUCUGCUGAGUACGAAGUUUUAACGUGUGAACUUGGAGUUUGGUCGAAGGGGCAAAUUCAAUAAGUCCUCAAAGGCUAGACUGCAAUGCAAUCCCUUCACAAUGCGGAAGGCUCAUAAGAGAUCUCCGCGAAGUUGCUUUUAACUCGUAGAGAAGCCCUUCAGAUUUAUUAGGCGUGUUGCGUAAGAAAAGAAGCUUUAAGCCAUAACAACUUUCGUGGCUCUCAUCUGGACCCUUUCGUGACAAUUUUGAUCUUGAAUCGCUCACGGUCUCCAGGGUAAAAUGCCGUAUUCCGGGCGCAGCUGCACGAAUGUCCCGGAAGUAUGAGAAUGCAUCUUCGACAAAAUCCAUAAGCGCAUUCUUUAUGGCGUACGUUACGGACAUUGCACUUUUUGCCGCUAUUAAACGAUGCGUGGAUGGCUUUACUGAGUUCGUUCUCAGCAGGCGGAAGUCCUUUUAGGCUUCGACGUCUCGCAGGGCUUCAGCGCCCGAAAUGCAGUCUGCUGUGGAGGUAGAUUUGACUGCCUUGCUUAGUCGAUGUAUGCUUCACUUACUAAAUUUCAACCAAAUUAGCCAAUGCUCUAACCACUCUUCCAGCCGAUUUAUAUUAAUCUGCAUUCUCUCUUCGUCGGCAGGACGCCAAAUUACACUCCAUAUUUAUUUCGUUGGCAAACACCGCUGCUCGGCUGUCCAAAGCACUUGCCCAAUCGUUCACGUAUAUUAAGAAAAAAAUGGGCCCCAGUACUGAACUCCGGGGAAAACCACUCGAUCACAUCAAGAUUCGAGUUCCCUUGACCGAUGCACACAACCUGCUGUCGACCUACAAGGAAGUUUUCGAGCUAUAUGAGGAAGGUGGCUCGUAUCCCUAUUUCUCUCAGCCUGUGAUGGGGUACAGUAGUAAACGCCUUCUGGAUGUCAAUGAAAGCAAUGUGGACUAAGUGCCUGUUGUUGAGAACUCUGAUCCAGCUCUGGAGAGAUCUCAGCAAGUUUUGAUGCAAGAUGUUCCUUUUCAGAAUCUAUGUUGGAAGCUCGAAAGCAUGCCGUGAACUUCUAGGAAUUGCUUCAACUCACUCUUCAUAAUCCUCACCAUAACGUUGUUGAGAAUGUAUGCCAAGCCUAUGGGCCUUUAAUUUGUCGCGGACAGUAACAUGAAUAUAGCGGUCGGCUAACAUUGUGGUGCCCGCUACAAUGUUGGUCCAGUCCCUUUUUAGAAGUUUCCACGGAUGCUAAACAUUGCAAGACAUUCCACUGCAAAAGAAGACCCCCCGUUUCUAGCCCGGCACCAGUCACACGUAGUUUCAGUGGAUGACCCCUCAGGUUAUUGGUAGUCGCCAACACAGCAAAGCCUCCAGAUACGAGGCAGUAGUCCUGAUCGCGCUGGAAUCAGCAAGUUUGUGCCAGGUCCCCUCGCAGCUGCCUCUAACUAGUAGAAAACGGAUAAAAACUAGUGAAUUGCGUUCCUUAUGGUGGAGAGCCCUGUCAAGUUACAAGUUUGGUAGCCCACCGUUGAACUUUUCCGAGAACGCUGACGUCUUUAGUGGUCCGGGGUCUCAAUGCUUGGGUAGCAAAACUCGCAUUCGGCCGCACAAAUUCCUGAAAUACUUUAGCGAAACAGUCUUCAUCGAAGGAAGAGAACACCCGUUUUACAAGGUAUAAGAUGGACAUUGUCGACUUGCGUACCUCUAAGCAGUGCAGUGAAGGCUGGAGCUAUGUUAUGAUUCACACAAUCAAAACCGUCUGGGUGUCAGCGUAUUGCCGUACUUUGUCAAUCUGACGAUUGGCCAUGUGGUUAGGGGAACUGAUUCCGCCCACGCAUAGAAAGUUACACUUAUUUACGUUAAAUGUCAAAAGCCAGUCGUUGUACUGUAGCUUAAGGCGGUCUAGGUUUGUCUGCAAUCGCGCUUCCUCGACUUCACUUCCUAUAGCAUUCAAGUUCCUUAUAUAAGCAGCAAACAUUGCGGCCUCGUAAUCAAUUUCGUUCGCGCAGUUGCUGAUGGACAUAAGAGACAUAUUAGGUUCAAGAACAGAGUUUUGGGGGACAUCACUCUUAACGCAAACUCUGAGGUCCGUUUCAAUCAUAAGCACUGAGUGGCGUUCAUCUGCCUGUGCGGAGUAUUUUGCCCCUCUGGUCAUUUAAAAGCGUCCUCGGCAAUCGGAGGCGGCGAUUGGACGAUUGGAGCUAGAUUUAAUGCGAAAAAGGAAGCAAAGGCCAGCUUUGUGUCUUCUAACCCGCAAAAACUUGAUGUUCGCCAGCUGGCAUCUCUGAUCAUAAGAAGUACCGAGUUCGACUUGAGAGAACAGUUUCCGGGUGAAAACUCUCUGAACAUUUUCGAUCUCAUAGCGGUCACAGGCGUUCAGUAAACCAAAGAAAGCACAGCAGUAUUUGAGGAUUGGAUGAACAGUUGUUUGAUAAAGUCUUGGCUUCAUUUCCGGAAGGAAAAAAAUAUGCGAUAUGAAUCCACAUAUCUGUGCGGCUUUGUCAGAGAUUCUAUCUGCAUGAGGUGAUAAAGUAAGUUUAUUUGCACAACUCAAACCUAGGUUCUUUAUGGUGAAGCAUUCUGCGAGUAGGUUUUUCAUAAAAAUUAUGGGACAAGGAAGUUCGGCAGGACCAAAAGACAUGAAACUACACUUGUAUGAUGAAAACUCCAUCUGCCAUAUCGAACCCCAUCUGAUUAAGCGUAGUAAGUCGGAAUUAAAUUUUCAACAAAAACGUUUGCGCUGUCCUUAGAGUAUGAGUAAACAAACUUGAGGUCAUCGGAAUAAAUAAAAGAUCGCGAAGUUCCGAGUUCAGUCGAAAUAGCAUUGAUGCACAGAAGGAAGAGUAGCAGACCCAGAACAGUACCUUGAAGUACUUCACUCGUGAUCGAGUGAGGUGUCGAGUAGCUAUCACCGACUAUGACUUUCUGAUAUCGGUUUGAAAGAUAGGAUCAGAUGAAGUCAAAUAGAGGCGGCCGGAUGCCGAGGGCUUCCAAUUUUACCAAAAGUCGUCUAUCCGGCACCCUGUCGAGGGUUUUGUUAAGAUCAAAAUACAUAACUACCACUAACUGCUGCUCAUCAAAAUGAGGAGCGAUUACAUUAAGAAGAGCGAAGUGGGAAGUUUCGCAGGAUCGGCCGGGUAAAACUCCAUGCUGACUAGAGCUCAGCAGCCGAUUUGAUGGACAGACGUCGAGAAUUUCAAGGAGCUUCGCUAGAGACGGUGUUUAAUGCACGCCCCAACAUCGGACCGAGAUCCAGCCUUGAAGACAGGAAUAAUAGAAGAUGAAGACGCGAGCACUGGAACAAGAAAUUUAUUGGCCUGACGUUUCGGAUUCUCACUCGAAUACAUCAUCAGAGACAUUCGCAAAUAAAGGUGAUGGUGGCACCAGUAGUGCAGUAUUUAUAGCAUGUGGCUGCCGUGGGACCGUAUGCGCACUGCAAUUAACAGUUCUCGCAAUCACCGCUGGGGUCGUAAUUAAUGCGGUGAUGGCUUGUCGGUCCGAGUCCGAGUCGUUAAUUGCCGUGAUUCCGUCACCCGAUCUGGAUGCUGGUGUGACGAUUGCUCGGCAAAUUGGCUCACUGUCACCGUGAUAAUUGCUCGUCCGCGCCCUCCUUACGUGGCUGAUUCCCCUGCCCAGGGAAAAUCGCAGCACGGAAUAUGGUACCGGGAGGUCAUUGUGCUUGUUGAUGGAUUGCGGACCUGAGAACCAUGACUCGGAGCAGCUCGCGGCUCACGUGGUUGUCACCCCUUGCGAGGAUUUCGGUCUCUUGAAAUUUGAAAAUAUGGCCUAGUCCCGUUGAGUGUGCCGCCACCUGAGAGUUAUCGUCUCCCCGCCUCACUGCUGCUGCUGCGUGCUCGGUAAUUCGCGCACGGAGUAAUCUCCCAGUUUCUCCGACGUAAUGGCUUUGUUCGCAACUACACCAGAUCCGGUAAACGACUACAGACGUCUCCUGCCGUGUCGGCGAAAUCUUGUUGGAGGAUGGUCAGAUCUAUGUCCCAUGCGAAUCCGACCCCAUAAAAACGCUGACACGCGAGAUUAACGCGACGCUGUUGGCAAUGGAGAACUGAGGUGCAAUAUCGCCAAUCGACCGACGCAUAGGGAGAGCACAAGAAACGGCCCUAGCCCCAUUCUACGGUCUGCCAAAUGUGCACAAAGAGGGCGCUCCUCUCCGGCCUAUCGUGUUACUAAAGGGCAAUCCAACAUACGGAUUAACAAAUUGGCUGUUCCAACGCCUCAAGUUUCUGACCUCCGAUUCAACCACCACAGUUAGCUCGUCAACGCAAUUCUUGGUGAAACUUUAAGGAGUAAGUCUCCUGCCAAGUGAUGUCAUGGUCUCCUUUGAUGUCACGUCCUUUUUUUGCUUAUAACCCGCAGGACCUGGCAGUCGAGACCAUCGAACUACUCCUAGGAGAGAAAUACGACAAAAAGGAGAAUCGCCUCGGACACGCCCAAAUCAUCCAACUCCUGAAGUUCUGUCUCAAGACGUGCUUUACGUUCGACGGAACAAUCCACGAGCAGGUGAAGAGAACGCCAAUGGGUUCUCCGAGUUCGGGACUCAUAGCCGAGGCGGUCCUACAACAGCAGGAGUCGCUGGUUUUCCGACAUGAGAGACCGAAAUUCUCGGCUCGGUAUGUGGAUGACACCUUCGUCGUCAUCGAACGGUUUCAGGUGCUGACAUUCAAAGAUCAUCUCAACGCCGUCUUCCCGGACAUACAGUUAACGAUGGAGGAGAAGGAAAACAGUCAGCUGGCCUUCCUGGAUGUCCUCUUCUGCCUCAAAGAGUGUGGUGGCUUAAAAACCAGAGUGUCCAGGAAAGCGACAAAUACGACGCAAAUACUGAACUUCAAUAGCAACCACCCGAUCAGUCACGAAUGCAGUUCGUAA